AUGAAGUUCCUCUCGCAAGCUGCCGUUCUCCUGCUGGCGACUGGCGUCUACAGUCGGGCUGUUGAGCAGCGCGACCUCGCUACCGUCACCGGCGUCUUGACCCAGGUUCAGACUGGCAUCGAUACCCUCGACGCGGCCGUCAAGGCGUUCAAUGGCGACCCUGCUCCUGUCAAGGACAAGUCUGACGCGCUGGUCGCCACGAUCAACACGGGAACGACCACUGUUCAGGGGUCAACUCCGCUGACGGUCCAAGACACGAUUGCCCUCUUCAACCCUGUCAACGAACUCAAGGCCCAUGCCCAGACCCUCUCGGAUGACUUGCUCGCGCGGCGUGCAGAUGUCGCUGCCGCGAAGCAGUGCGAUGUUACGCGCAACCAGAUUGGCCAGAUCAACACGGCGAGUCAAGGACUCAUCACGGCCAUCGUCGACAAGGUUCCCCCGGAGGGCAAGGCAAUUGCCCAGCAGCAGGCUCAGGGAAUCAUCGAUGUGUUGACCGAGGCUCAGGCCAACUUUGCAUCGGAUAAGUGUCAGAACGCUGCAUGA